AUGGUUUGAUCUGCAUUACAACAUGGCGACGGCUGACGCUGAGAGUGAGUUUCUCCUCCCAGACAACAUUCUGACGGAGAUUUUCUCCUAUUUACGGAUCAGAGAUCUACUCCGGGCGGCAAGGGUGUGUAAGAGGUGGAAGCGGCUAGCGUACGAGCGUCCCCUGUGGAAGCGAGUGGACCUGUCCCCGUACAGCCGGCGGCUGGAUGGACGCGCCAUGUGGAGGAUCGUCCGACAGUUCUUCACUCCUUCCCUCACAUCACUCACUCUGGCCGGUCACCUGCACAGUGGGAAGACAGGAGAGAUAGUGUCCACCCCACUGCUCCUGGAGCUGAAGUCCAGAUCUCCCUCCCUGCAGCACUUCUGCAUCACCACCGCUGACCUCACCUCCAUCAGCCUCUCUGACCUGCCCGAAUCACUGGUCACCCUGGAGGCCAGGAACUGCGAGAUCCCGCCGCGCUGGUUCAAGUCGUUAGAACCUGGGGCCUUUCGGAACCUCCGCGCCGUCGACCUGAGCUGCUGCAGCCGCGUGUCGGACCCCGACGUCACGGACAUCUGUCACGCCGCGGCGCUGAAGGUCCUGAAACUAUCGUGGUGUUACAGGAUCACAGACGCAUCCGUCAAGCACCUGGCUGAGAAACUAACACAGCUGGAGAGGUUAGACUUGGAGGGGUGUAAGAUCACAGACGUGAGUCUACACCACAUCGGCCGGCACCUGAAGCACCUGACGUUCCUGAACCUGUCCCAGUGUAGGCAGCUGACACAGGCCGGCCUGGAUGGUGUGAAGACGAUGUUAAAGCACCUGGAACACCUGUGUCUGGACUCAUGCACACCCAUCAACAUUCCUAACCUGCCCACCAUUUAACACCUGUUACAGAUAUGUUUGUACCAUACAUGAAUGAUCAUAACUUGCAGUGUUUAAAGUUGAAGUCUUUGCAAUUUUAAUCCUUCAUUCAUCCUUUAAUCCUAAUAAUCAAUUUGUGGCUAGGAAUUUUUUAUCUUGAACGAUUUUCAUGCACCAUUGCAAAAAUGUCAUAGGAUCGUAGAAUUAUUUAUUUACUUGAAUUUCUGUAGAACUACAAUUGUUCCUGUAAAUCCUAUGUAAAUAUCAGACUUUGAUUGUGUGGUAUUUCUUUUAAACUGAUUCCAGUUGUUCAAUAAAGGUUUUAAAAAUAUGAAAAAAAA